AUAUAAAACAGUAGUGACGUGUUCCUUUAUCUACCAGUUUAACUGGUAACUAGGUGCCCUCGAGCUUCAACUUCCAUGCUGCCUGGCAAUCAUCAAAACCACAUACAGAGACAACAACAUAUAUCUAAAUUCACACUUCCUAAUUACUUGUUUAAUAGUUCUUUCACUCUAUCUCAAAGAAGUGAUUUGAUGCUGUUUAUGCCGAUAACAAGUAGCUUCGUUGAAUUUCAGUAUCCAUGGCUGUAAAUUAGAAGUGGGUUAUUACGGGAAUUGAAAGAUAAGGAUAACAUGAGUAGGACACGCAAGAGUAGUAAUUUAUGUGAUGAUAAAAUUGCUGGCAAGGGAUCCUCUACAAGUCAAGGACCCAAUGAGGUUUCUGAUUAUCUUGAUCAUGAGAUUGCUCAACUCACAAAGCUCAGGUCACGGCCUCAUGAACUUUUGAGCAGGGACGUGCCUGGCAGGUCGAGGCUGCCCGUCUCAACCAUGAGAAUGUUGGUUGGUCGAGAGGGUAAUUAUUCCGGCAGAGGGAGAUUCUCACCUGCAGAUAGUCGUCAUGUUUCAAGUCGAUAUUUGCCUGUACAUGGUCCUUGCAAGGUGGACCAAUUGAAUAGUCGAACUUAUGUUUCUCAGUUUUCAGACGAUGGAACUCUUUUUGUUGCUGGAUGCCAGGGAAGCCACAUUAGGAUAUAUAAUGUGGAUAAGGGAUGGAAAAUUCAGAAGGACAUUUUAGCCAAGAGUUUAAGAUGGACAAUUACCGAUACAUGUCUUUCGCCCAAUCAGCGCUACCUUGUGUAUGCUAGCUUGUCACCUGUUGUCCAUAUUGUGGAUAUUGGAUCUGCUGCAACAGAGUCGCUAGCAAAUGUAACGGAAAUUCAUAAUGGUUUGGAUUUUUCUGCCAAUAACGAUGAUUAUGAUGAAUUUGGGAUCUUCUCUGUGAAGUUUUCAACUGAUGGGCGAGAGCUUGUAGCUGCAAGUAGUGAUAAUUCAAUAUAUAUUUAUGAUCUUGAAGCAAAUACCUGCAGUCUCCGAGUUCCUGCACAUAAGUCUGAUGUCAACACAGUAUGUUUUGCGGAUGAAGCUGGCCAUCUCUUGUUUUCUGGAAGUGAUGAUAACCUCUGUAAGGUGUGGGAUAGGCGUUGCUUUAUCUCAAAAGGAAAAGCAGCAGGGGUCUUGAUGGGACAUCUAGAAGGCAUUACAUUCAUAGACAGCCGUGGAGAUGGGCGUUAUUUUAUUUCAAAUGGAAAGGAUCAGACUACCAAACUAUGGGAUAUUCGAAAGAUGUCCUCUAAUGCCAAAGAGUACACUCCAAGGCUUAGAGAUUCUGACUGGGAUUAUAGAUGGAUGGAGUACCCACCCCAUGCCAAAAGCUUGACGCAUCCUCGUGAUCAGUCUCUGACCACUUACAGAGGUCAUUCAAUCUUGCGCACUCUCAUUCGCUGUUACUUCUCUCCGGAAUAUAGCACCGGCCAGAAGUACAUUUACACUGGAUCUAGUGACUGUUCUGUUUAUAUUUACGAUCUGGUAAGUGGAGCCCUAGUUGCAACACUCAAUCAUCAUGAAGGUCUUGUAAGAGAUUGUAGCUGGCAUCCUUUGUACCCUAUGAUAAUCAGCUCUUCUUGGGAUUGUGUCAUUGCCAGAUGGGAAUUUCCUGGCAGUGGUGAAGCCCCUACUCCGGUGAGACGAAGGUCAAGUCUGAGGCGGUAUCUAUAGGAAGACCACUCAGUUGAUUGUGCCAUGCAUGAUUUUUGCUACUUUUUCCAUAUGCAUGGCUUUGUGUUAGUCAAGGUCACUCACGAGGUCACUGCUUCAAAACGAAAUAAAACGCAGUUGGUGAAGGUAAAAACAACAGGUUCUCUCCUGUUCUGUGCCAUUAAUACGGCCUGUAUAUAUGGAGGCCUUGUGACAACAAGCUGUGCUCCAUCACAUUGUUCCUGGUUACAAACUGCAUUAUAAUCCUGCAGCCUACAUUUUCUGUAAUCAUGCUGACACUCUUGUCUUCGGAAAUGAAGCUGCUCCCAUGCGUGGGAGAAUAAAGUGAAUUAAGUUACAUGCUGCUUUGUUGAAA